AUGGCUAAAUUCUCUAAAGCUCCUAUGAAUCCAGGAUCUGUUCAGGACCAAAAUGAACACAAACGUAUGAAUAAGUGGUAUGUUAAGAUACUCCUAUCGAACUACAAGCACAAGGGUAGAGGAGAAAUACUGUCUAAAGGACACUGCAAAUCUGCAGGACUCUAUCUACAAUUCAAUGGAUGUAUUGGUGCUUGGAUUUGCAAACCUGGUGGCAGAAGGGAUAUCAGUGGGGUUUGGAGACUUUAUCUCCAGCAGCAGCGAAAAGGAUGUCGCCACCAGAGAACGGGUGGUGACCAAUGUGAUGUUGCUAAUCACAGUGGCCCGGAGCUGGUGGAGUUGCUUCGGCGAUAUCAAGCACUUGGGAUGGAUGUUAACAACGCGACUACGACGGUACACUAG